AUGAUAACGUCGUCCAAAGCUUCAACGCUAUCAUCGUCUCCUGUUGCCGUAGUAGUCAAUAGUGUCAAUUCAGUCACACCGCAUCAUCAACAAUUUCUUGUGCAAUUACAGCAACAGCUGCAAGAAAGAAACAUUUCCUUUGUUUCCCUUCUUCAGAAUUAUUCGAGCACUGCCAGCAAUCAUCUUUUGAAUUCAUCCUCGAGAAUGAUGCCGUCCCAUCACGAUGCUCAUUUCGCAUCCAUCACAACCACAAUAACCAACACAGCUACAACAUCUCAAGAAGAUUUUGGCGUAUUUCAACAUUUGCAUAUUCCUUAUUCAUUUAUGGAACAAUCAACCGCAUCAGGAGAUAACAACAACAAUGCAUCUGAGAUGACGAUCCUCACACCUGUAGCCGCUUCAUCCAUGAAUAACAACCAUCUAAAGGGUGGCAAUAACCAACCUAAUUUCGAGGAGACAAACAUCUUUUCAGAUUAUUCGGCCGCUGAGUUGCGGAAUAAUCAUAAUGGACACAGCAACAACAAUCUCAUGAUGGACAAGCACGCGCUACAACAUCACAUUAAUCAAAACACCACCACCAACGUCUUUCAAAAAGAGUCUCUACGACCUCCACAAGUACUUCAACAACCACAACCACAACAUCAACAUCAACAACCUCACCCCCAACAACAAACAAUGGAUUUUUCUAUGUGGUAUCCCUUAAAUGGAGUAGAUGGUGUGUUUCCUGUUGAUAACGUUGAUCACCUUGUUUCCUUUUUAAAAGGAGAAGGGUUCAACAAUAACAAUUUGGAUUUGCUACAAGGCAACCAUAUCACACAGUGUUCAAACGACAAAUCAUUCCGUCACAUGCUUGGUGAAUCUUCGGCCACAUGUGACGAUGCAUCAAUAGCAGUAGUCCACAUGCAUGAGACAUGUAACAAUGGGCAUCCUGCAGAGGAAAACAACAGUGCAUUUACGCCACACUUUGCCUUCAAGAAACAAAAGAGAAAACAAAGCACUUCACCAUCCUCGUCAUCAUCUUCGAGUCAUUCGAACGAUGAGGACCAACAUUUGCAACAUUCAGAUCUGAUCCUUGAUGAAGAGGAUCCAUGCAAUCAAGACAAUGAUCGUCAUUCGCCAACCACAAAUUGCGUCUCUCGCAACAAAUCAAACAACCAUCAAACAAUUGAUGCAAAGCCUUAUCCCAAUGGAAGAAAACGAGCAUCGAAAGCUUGUUUUGAAUGCCAAAAACGCCACACCAGAUGUGGAUUUGAGAGACCUUGUACGAGAUGUACUAAACUGGGAUUGAAUUGUGUGGAAGUGGUGUCAAUGAAGAAGAGAGGAAGAUCCACAACUAAUAGCAAAAGUAAGAAAUUUUCUGGAGAGGAGGAGACUGUGGAUCUUUCACCUUCUCAAAAGAAGGAAAAGAAAGCUUCAAACCUUUCGCCAUCAUCUUCAUCUUCACCGGAAAACGAAAACUCUCACGAAAAUCAAAGACCAGAAGGUGAAUGCCAACAAACGAAAGGUGACGACGAACCUUCUCUCAUCGAUUCAUCUUCAGCCAAUUUUCAACUUCCUCACCCUUCGGAAGAAUCACAAACAAUCAACAACCAGGGAACCAAAAAGAAAACACGAUCUUCAUCCAAGAGGAAAUCCAAGAAGGAUCCAGAUUCACAAACCAAUUCAAAAUCCUCUAGUUCUUCAUCAUUGACAGGAGUAGGCACAACAUCAACAACCAACAAAUCAAACACUAUGUCUCCUAGUUCCAAUCAUCCAACGCCGACCUCAACCACUAGUGUUGCUCAGGAUCUUAACAAAUUAUCAAAUCCAUCCUCUUCUCAGCUGCACCAAAUGACAGCCCCUCAACAACACAAAUUGCUGCCCCAAGUGUCGUCUUCAUCUUCCUUUGUAAUGAAUCGUAUUCCUUCAAAUGUAUCCUCUAUUUCUUCAUCCUCAACAUCAUCCUCUCUUUCGCCGAUUCAUUACACAAAUCCAACUGUUGCUACAGCAGGUUACGGUACUCUACCUCAGAACUAUUCCAUUUCGUACGCUCAACAAGUUCCUUCAACAGCAGCAGGAAAAGAGCAAAUGGGAGUGAUCAUCACGGGACCUAAUUUUCCCAUCGUACAGAGCGUUAGUGAAGGCUUACGGGACCGAUUGGGCUACCUGAGUGGUACUACUACCACUCCAAUUACCUCUCUUUCUCAAAUUUUCAAUAUGGAUUUCCUCAAUUCGGAAAUCAUUCAACUCCAUCAAGACAUUAAGGCAAGAGAAAGCAUCCUACAAAUGCCUGGAGGUGCUGAUCUACUUCGGAAAACCAAUCUCAAAGUUCAAAAGGAGGGCACGGCUCUAGUGAGAACUGCCCACACGGGUCUAGAGUCGAUGAAAUUUAAAAUCUUUUACGUGUUCCGAGAGGAUCAACCUGCUCUUCUGGAAUCGGCCUAUGCAAAUGCGAAGAAUGUCGAAAAUCUCACUACAACUUCAUUCUUGAGUGAACACGGACAACAUGUUGUUCGACAUGAACCCCAAAUGAAGUGCCACUUGUGA